UUCCAGCGGUGUCUGGUGUUCUCCAUACACACGACCUUGCAAUGAACGAUUUGAAACAAUAACCAACGACAUAUGGCGCGCACCUGUGUCUAUAGUUAUAUCCAACAGUUAAGAGCUGGGCAUUAUAAUGCUGUGAGUGUAUGUCAAUGACACCAGGGGCGAGUUGUGCAAAUGCUCAAACAAAAACGAAACACGGAACCGAGUCGCCCAUACUGCGUCGUCAAUUCCGGCCGUGUUAGCGCAACCUUACACACGAUAUUACCAGUACACUAUUUUUUAAAAAAUUUAUUAGUGCCAUAGAUUGGAAAGAAAUUUAGUUUGAUAUGUUCUUAAAUGUCGGUCAUGAAGAUGGAUCCUUGUCAAAUGCUGUGCGACUCGCCGGAGGACUGUAGCAACGACAGACCCCAUUCUCAGUUGUUGAUGGGUUUACUCAGUCCGAAUCCAUCGGACGUGCCGUCCAUGCUGAAAUUCAUCUACAACCGGGAACUGACUGGACUCGGCGAAUAUCUCAAAAUAUUUGCGAAUGUCUGGUGGUCCACUAACGGGACGCUCAACGUGCGUCAUCACCUCAACAGCCCAGCAGCAGCAGCAGCCGAGUUGUGUUGUUCGGCAUCGGCGGAUCCGCCAAACUCCCGAGGCUGUUGAGACGGAAAUGGGGGGGAAUGUGUAGACGACGUGGCCGGAGAAAGAGAGAGAGAGAAAAGAGCUUUGCGGUACUCCCAUUUAGCAACUUGUAUAUAUAGUUGGCCGUAGGAUGUGUUCCAUUGUUCCCAUUAUAGACGAAAAAAGGCACAGUACAGUCUCUAUCUAUGACGAGUUGGGUGCUGUUAUUAUUAAUGUAGUCGGCCAUAUAACCAAACCGACCUAUUUUCCACCAGCCCCACAUAUUGUUAUUAUUAUUUGUUGCGUGUUUUCUCUUUUUCUAGAUUUUUUUUCACGGUACAUAUUUUGACUCGUCGCUUAUUUUCUCUCCCAGUUCACCAUACAAGACAUUUUUUUUUAUUUUAUUGUUUUCGCGGUUAAGAAUAAGUGCAAUAAACUGAAAACGUUUGCAGACAUUUUUUAAAAAUAGAGAAUCGAGUUCAAUUCG